CCGUUUAGGUUGUUUUAUGCUUUUUUUGUUUACAAUUCGUCUAUAAAUUACCCUGUAAACCCUUUUCUAUUAAGGAGGAAAAUCACUUUCACCUUUAAACAUUAGAGAAGCACCAAAUAUUUUUACACAUUAGAGAAGCACCAAAUAUUUUUACACAUUAGAGAAGCAUCAAGUAUUUUUACACAUUAGAGAUGCACCGAGUAUUUUUACACAUUAGAGAAACACCAAGUAUUUUUUUUAAGAAACUAAGACCAAUUUUUAGCCUUAAAAAGUUCCACUCUUCAAUCCCACAAAAAAACCAUUUCAAUUCCCUUUAAAUCCUUAAACAAGGUCCUUCCCAAUUCACAACGUCCCUCUGUUAAUCCGUCCAACAUGGAGGUCGACGGCGUAGCCACGGCGGCACCUCAUCUGAGGAAAUUCUCUCUUCCGGUCGACUCCGAACAUAAAGCCACCAAAUUCAACAUAUUCUCCGUCCCAGCGCCGCACAUGCGAACGUUUCACCUUUCCUGGAUGUCCUUUUGCGCUUGUUUCAUUUCCAGUUUCGCGGCGGCUCCUCUGCUUCCGGUGAUCCGCGACAAUCUCAAUUUAACCGAUACCGACAUUGGAAAUGCCGGAAUUGCUUCCGUCUUCGGCGCUGUCUUCGCUCGAAUCGUGAUGGGUUCCGCCUGCGAUUUGGUUGGACCACGUCUCGCCUCCGCUUCACUCAUUCUCAUAACUUCGCCGGCGGUUUAUUUAACCUCAAUAGCCUCAUCCCCUAUUUCGUUUCUCCUCGUCCGAUUCUUCACAGGCUUUUCCCUCACUACAUUCGUAUCAACCCAAUUUUGGAUGAGCUCAAUGUUCUCCUCCAUUGUCGUCGGCACCGCCAAUGGCGUCGCCGGCGGCUGGGGAAACCUAGGCGGCGGCGCAACACAGUUAAUCAUGCCGUAUGUUUUUGCCAUCAUCGAGCACAUGGGCGCAGCGAAAUUCACUGCGUGGAGAAUCGCUUUCUUCUUCCCAGCUCUACUCCAAACACUUUCGGCCUUCGCCGUUCUCCUCCUCGGUGAGGACACGCCGGAUGGAAACUUCCGGCAGCUUCAAAAAACAGGGGAGAAGGCGAAAGACAAAUUGUCGAAAGUAAUGUACCAUGGGGUGACGAAUUACAGGGGAUGGAUUUUGGCAUUGACUUAUGGGUAUUGUUUUGGAGUGAAAUUGACGAUUGAUAAUGUAAUAGCGAAUUACUUCUACGAUAGGUUUAAUUUGAAUCUGCAUACGGCGGGGAUAGUGGCGGCGAGUUUUGGGUUGGCGAAUCUGUUUUCGAGGCCGUACGGCGGAGUAUUGUCGGAUGUGGUGGGGAAGAGAUAUGGGAUGAGAGGGAGACUAGCUCUGUGGUUGGUGCAGACAAUUGGAGGAGUUUUGUGUGUGAUUCUUGGAUUGGCUAAUUCAUUAAGUGCUUCCAUUGUGAUUAUGAUCGUUUUUCAAGCUGCUUGUGGACUUACUUUUGGUGUCGUUCCUUUCGUCUCUCGAAGGUCAUUAGGAGUAAUAUCGGGGAUGACAGGUGCGGGUGGGAACAUGGGAUCGGUGCUGACUCAGCUGAUAUUCUUCAGAGGCAACAAAUACAGAAAAGAGAGUGGAAUAACUCUAAUGGGAGUGAUGAUAAUAGCUUGCACUCUUCCAAUUGUAUUGAUUUAUUUUCCUCAAUGGGGCAGUAUGUUAUUUGGGCCUUCCUCCAAAAUUGCUUCAGAGGAAGAUUAUUACUUGUCCGAAUGGAGCUCUGAGGAGAAAGCCGAAGGCUAUCAUAUGGCUAGCCUUAAGUUUGCUGACAAUAGUCGAACUGAAAGAAGCAAAAGCCUUAAAGGAACUGCUCAUGCCGAUGAUUCCUCCUCCACUCAUGUUUAAAUAAACAAAACACAUUUCCUUUUUGGGCCAUUUACUGAUCUUGGGCUUAAGGCCCAUUUCGUAAGCCCAAUCCUCAAAGGCCCAGCCCAUCAACAAUGUGUCUCGUUUUCUGUUUCUUUUCUUUUAGGUCAGGUGUGAAACAGUCUUAGUUAAGUUGCAUUUAGGUUUUUUAGUUUAGCUAAGGAAGAUAAUAGUUAUUUGUUGGUAUUCUUGUCUAUAGAUUCUAUGUUAAG